GGCGGGGUCCGCUUCCGAGCCUCUGCUUGUCGGGGUGGGUGCCCUCGAAUCCCCUGGCCGCUAGGUCGCGGUCCCUGCGCGACUCUGACUCCUGCUGCGUUCACACCCGGGCAGUCCAUCCAAGUUUGUCUGAAGAUCCCCCCAAUUUCCGCCCCAGCGAGGUUUCUGGAGAUGUAAUACCUGCCUCGUGGCCACCCGGCUCCGGAUUAGGGACAGGGCGGGGACAGCCCCACGGGGCCGAGCACAGCACAAGCACAGUGUCCAGGGCCCUGGCCAGGACUGUUUUGCAGGAGGCUGCCAGAAGGAGGUGAUACUGGCUGGCCCCGGGCUGAAGGGCCUAACAGAGAAGCUGAGAUGGUGGUGUUGCCCGCCUGGGAACCGUGUGGACAAAUGCACGACGGCUGGAACAGAAUCGUGAAACUCCAGUGACCUGAGUGUGCCCGGACAGGCAGAGGAAGGAGAGCUGGACUGCAGAGCCAAGAGACUUCCAGAGCAAGAAGCUUGGAGCACCGAGGGCGGAGGACUGGAGACCCUGAAACCAGCACCCUGGUCAUGUGCGGCCCUGAGGAGGCGGCCCUGCUGCGGCUGGAGGAGGUCUUCUCAGCCACUCUUGCCCGCAUCAACAACCUUAUUCUCCAGCCUCUGCUCUCCACCGACCCAGAGUCUUCAGAUCCCCAGGACAGAGAAUGCCUGCGGCUCCUUCAACAGCUGCACAAGAGCUCCCAGCAACUAGGGGAGGUGACUGAGGAGAGUCUGUACUCCCUGUGGGAGAGGCAGCGCCACCCGCGCUCCUUUGGCUUGGAGUCCCUGCUGCUGCUGCGCAGUGCUGACCUCGUCAUGCAGGUCCACAUGGAGUACAUCGAGUCCUACACGAGCUGUUUGGUGGUACAGGCCUUCCACAAGGUGGCAAAGAGCAAGAGUGUGUACUGGCGUGGACGACAGAAGGUACUACGGCAGAUCCUGACAGGCAUGGGCUGUGAGGGCUCCUUGGGCACCACACUGGCCCAGGCCCUCCGCCAGCCCCUUACCCAGCACGUGCAGCAGUACGUGCUCUUCCUGCUGAGCCUCAGGGACACCAUCGGGGAGCGUCACCCUGCCCAGGAGCUGGUGAUGCAUGCAGUCACCGUCUUCGGGAACCUACAGUCUUUCAUGGGUCAGGCAUUGGACCAGGCUGUGGCCACACAGGCUCUCUGGCACACCCUGAGUAGCCAGCUGAGGGAUGUGCUCUGCACCCCUACCCACCGACUCCUGCAAGACAGCCAGGACGUCCCUGUGGUGGUCACCCCUCUGCGGGCUGAGCGUGUGCUGCUCUUCGAUGAUGCCCUCGUCCUGUUGCAGGGCCACAAUGUCCAUACCUUUGAUCUGAAGCUGCUGUGGGUGGAUCCUGGGCAGGACAGGUACACGUUCCACCUCCUCACACCAGAAGAAGAGUUCUCCUUUUGUGCUAGGGACCCCCAGAGCCAGGUGGUCUGGCAGUGGAAGGUGACCCAGGCCGUGUGCCAGGCCCUACGUGGGAAGAAAGACUUCCCGGUGCUGGGGGCGGGCCUAGAGCCAUCAGAGCCUCCUGUCUGCCGCUGCGGAGCCUACACCUUCCGCGCUGAGGGCCGGCUCUGCCAGGCGACCUACGAGGGCGAGUGGCGCUGGGGCAGGCCCCACGGCAAGGGAACCCUGAAGUGGCCGGAUGGACGGAAUCACGUGGGGGAUUUCUUCAAGGGCCUGGAGCAGGGCUUUGGCAUCCACCUGGUGCCCCAGGCCGCUGAGGACAAGUUUGACUGCUACAAGUGCCACUGGCAGGAGGGCAGCAUGUGUGGCUACGGCAUCUGUGAGUACGGCACUGACGAGGUGUACAAGGGCUACUUCCAGGAGGGCCUGCGGCAUGGAUUUGGGGUGCUCGACAGUGCACCACAGGCGCCCCAGCCCUUCAAGUACACAGGCCACUGGGAGAAAGGCCAGAGGAGUGGCUAUGGUGUCCAGGAGGACAGUGACAGGGGUGAGCGCUACAUUGGCAUGUGGCGGGCUGACCAGCGCCAUGGCCCAGGGGUUGUGGUCACUCAGGCGGGUGUCUGCUACCAGGGCACCUUCCAAGCAGACAAGAUGGUGGGCCCAGGAAUCCUCCUCUCUGAAGACGACUCCCUGUAUGAGGGCACCUUCACCAGGGACCUGACGCUCGUGGGCAAGGGCAAGGUGACCUUCCCCAACGGCUUCACCCUGGAGGGCUCAUUUAGCAGCGGGUCAGGGAAAGGACUGUAUACACAGGGAGUGCUGGACACGGCUGCCCUCCCACCAGACCCAAGCAAUAUCUGCAAGAGGCAGCUGGGUCUGGGAGCCUUCCCCGUGGAGAGCCGCUGGCAGGGAGUCUACAGCCCCUUCUGGCACUUUGUGCUUGCCGACUGCCCUGGAGACCUGCAGGAGGCCCUGCUGGGCUUCCAUAUGCAGAGCCCGAGGGAGCUGCGCAAGUCCCAGGAGUACCUGUGCUGUGAGAGGAGCCACCCCAAGGACAGUGCGGGCAAUGUGGAAGACAUCCUAGAGGAGUUACUGCAGCACCGGGAGCCCAAGGCCCUGCAGCAGUACCUCAGGAAGGCUCUGAGCAAUUCGCUGCACCCCCUGGGAAAGCUGCUCCGGACCCUGAUGCUGACCUUCCAGGCCACCUACGCGGGUGUUGGGGCCAACAAACACCUGCAGUUUCUGGCCCAGGAGGAGGUGAAGCAGCAUGCCCGGGAACUCUGGGCUGCCUACAGGGGUCUGCUGCAGGUUGCCUUACAGCGCAAGGGCCAGGCCCUAGAGGACGAAGACGAAGAGACAAGGGACCUCCAGGUGCAUGGAUUGAUGCUGCCGCUCGUGCUGCCCAGCUUCUACUCAGAGCUCUUCACGCUCUACUUACUUCUUCACGAGAGGGAGGACGGUCUCUACAGCCAGGGCAUAACCCACCUGAGCCUGUUUCCCGACACCAAGCUGCUGGAGUUCCUCGAUGUGCAGAAGCACCUGUGGCCCCUCAAGGACCUCAAGCUGACGACCAAUCAGAGGUACUCGCUGGUCAGGGACAAGUGCUUCCUGUCUGCCACCGAGUGCCUGCAGAAGAUCAUGACCACAGUGGACCCUCGGGAGAAGCUGGAGGUACUAGAGAAGACAUAUGGGGAAAUCGAGACCACGGUGACGCGGGUGCUCGGCCAGGAGCACAAGCUGCCCAUGGAUGACCUGCUGCCCUUGCUCGUCUACGUAGUGUCACGGGCCCGAAUUCAGCACCUGGGAGCCGAGAUCCACCUGAUCCGGGACAUGAUGAACCCUGUCCACAUAGGAGGCCUGUAUGACUUCCUGCUCACAGCCUUGGAGUCCUGCUACGAGCACAUCCAGAAGGAAGACAUGAGGCUGCGGCACCUGCCUGGCCACUGGGACUCCAGGGAGCUCCGGUAGCCCCGUCUUUCCGGGACAACAUCAGCACUGAGAAGGCCACGCAGACUCCCCGCAGGAGCAGGCAGCGCCAUCUGCUCCCCAUCACCCAGGGCCAAGGGCAGGACGGGCCCUCGGAGGCAGCUCUUGGAGGAGAUGGGCAUUUUGUUUUUCAAGGAGAGAUGCUGCUGCUGUCCUCCCAGGGUGAGGUGAGGGGCGACAAGUGCGGCCCCAGAGCGCAUGGGUUUCCGUUGGUCACUAGGCCAGCCUCCAAUGACCCCCUUAAUCAGCAGCAGCUCCUAGUCUGGGGUGAGGAGUUGCUGGCUUUUCAGACUGAGUCUUGCUUCGGAGUUGCUGAGCCUCUCUGGGCCUCACGCUGCUGCCUGUCAAAUGUGGGGGGAGGGUAGAUGGCCCAUAAAGGUCCUUCCAGCCA